GGGCAUUCCACUCCAGAAGCGGGUAUCAUAAUUCAUCAGAGAAUAAAUUGUUAUGCUUGAAUCAAGUUUGUUUUGUCAAAUGUACCAUGACUUGAAGCCUGAACGCAGGGCGUGCAUUAUAGCGAUCGACUUCUUGAAUUCCCCGCUGGUCCCUUACCAACAAUCCCAGAAUUCAAUGCGCAUGGUGUUUUACGGACGGGCUGGAUCGACGAAGCCGCCAAGGACUCUUCCAGUUGAAAAGAUGCACGUGUAUGGCGACAAGCGACUACUUUCAGCUCUCACUACAGUGCUAAUAUCUCUGCAUCCUGAAAAGCUGAGAAAAGAGAAGGACGUGGUCAAGGAAAAGCCCAAGUCAAAAGUUGACCUAAGGCAGCGGUUGGACUACAGUAAGAGGCUAGGAGACUAUGUGGUCAAAAACAUCUAUGAGAAGAAUCAGGACUACACUUUCAAAAAGAAAGGUGUUGAAGGUUGUCAUACACAGGCGUCGGGAGUUUUGUGGUGGCUAGGUGCUCCAAAAGCCUGACUUUCCAGGCCAGACAAUAAAACUGCCAUUGCACAGUACCGUUCAAGGUUUACAGGCUAGUAAACAAGUCUCGUUUGGAACUCUACUGUUUUCAUGGUCAUGUUUUCUCAUUUUUGUUAUGUUUUUUGUAGCAUACAUGCUUUAUAUGACAAAACUACAUGUAGUUUCUGUUUUGAACGUUUCAAAACUGCUGCUGCUAUUUCUCUUAGACACAAGAAAUGUGAAAAUAUAAAUAUUAAUUCAUGAACAUGCAACUUGAACAUGUUGGCAGUAGCCCAUAUACUUCAGGUCAAAUCCAGGUAGAUCCUGAUAUACUGAUUUUAUAUGACAGGCUAUAUUAUUAUGUUAAUAAGGACAAGUUCCCAUUGUAUAUCCAGUGGAUCAUUUUAUUAAUAAAUAUCCUGCCUACAUGUCAGAAACAAAUGCUGCUUUACAACAAUAUAUGUGUGUCCACCAAAGUUUUCCCUGCCUAUUUGUGAAAAUUACACAGAAA